AUGCCCGCCAUGGCCGCCACUGCGGAGGAGCUCACCACCGCGAUGGGACUGGCAAACACCCUCUCAGCGAUGCACCUCCUCCUCCCGCGACGAGCAGACCUCGACCUGCCCAACAUCACGUCCGCCUCGCCAGCCGUCAUCAAGGACAUCAUCGCAGACACGAGCACCUACGAGAUCCUCACCAUGUGGGCACCCGACAUCUGGGCCAUCGUGUUGUGCUACACCUUUGCGGCGCUCUUGAAGGGCAGUCUCGAGCUCAUGGUGCGAGGAGAAGCGGUCGAGCGGGCGUGGGCGGCGGUGAGAGGGAAGGAGGGGAAGGUUGGCAUCGAGCUUGCGGACGCAAAGGGGAGGUUGUCGGUGCCGGCAAAGGCUGCAUUGAGCCAUUUCUUCAACCUGUUCCUCUCGACAUUCACGCUCAUUCUGCAAGUCUGCGCCUGGCGACUCUUCAUUGUGCCCGAGACGCCGGUCCGCCUCUUCGACAUCAAGCUUCUCAUGGGUGCUCUCAAGCUCUUGCUCGUCGGUUACGCCGCCGACCUGCUUUUCAGCGACCUCUGCAUCGAGGUUUUCCUGCACCACCUGUUCACGUUCGCUCUUCUAGUCGUCGGCCAGAUCGCCGCGUUCAAGACAUCAGAGAUCAAGUUCUCCCGCCUCGCCCAAUGGCUGAUCCUCCAAGCCACCCUCGAACAGACCGAGUACAUCGCUCUCGGCUGCUACCACCUCUCCAAGUUCUUCGCGCUCCAAGACCGCCCCGAGGCGUCCAAGCGCUUCUUGAAGAUCGCCUAUCGCUCGAUGGUGGUCUCGUCGUACGUCUGCUGGGUGCAGAAGUUCAUGCCGGUUGCAUUCGCGAUCUACUGGCUUGAAAAGCUUUGGGAGGAAGUCGACAACUUGCCAUGGGGCAAAGCCUGGUGCGGCCUCGCGACAACCGUCAUCUCGCUCUUGCUCGUCCUCCAAGUCCGCUUCUGCGACGACCAAGCUUCCCUCGCCGCUCACUUCCGACACAAGUUGCACGGCGGCCCACCUCCACCUCGCACCGGACCCGUCAUGCGCUUCCUCCUCAGGCCGCUCCGCUCGAAUCGCAAGAAGCCUUCGUCUACCGAGCGGGUCGAGGAGGGCGCGAGCGAGGUGCAGGCGGUCAAGAACCCGUUUGCGGAUCCGAGUAUGGACGAGCUGCGACCGGCCAUCACGCACGCCUCCUCCGCUUCGAGCAUCGAAUCGCUCCAGACUCCUCUCAAUCUUGCAUCGACCGGCGCAGUCGCUGCCUCGCACGAAAAAGCCUGA